GGCGCACCCCAAACGAACCUCCCACUCCCACCCCAGGGAAACAAAACGACGGGGCGGAGACGAGACGCGUCCCGUCCGCGCACGCUACUCGAUUGAUUGCUUCCUUCCGCCCGCUGCCGCCGCUGCCGCUGCCGCUGCCGCCAGAGCUCCCCCCUCCCUCUCCCCCUCCUCGAAUCCCCGGUGCCCUAGCCACCCCGCCGCCCCCCCGCGACGACCACCGGCGGCGAGCGAGAGGGCGGAUCGUGCCCCACGCGCCGCUCCUUCCCCUCCCGGAGGGAGACCCCCAGGAUCGAAGACCGGUCGGCCGCGGAAUGGGCGGCCGCGAUGACUAGAGGGGGUCCCGCGGGGGCGUUGUUGGCGGAGGUAGCGGAGCGCAUACCAUGGUGCAGUGUCUCGACGGCGUGAAGCACCUCCUCGCGGUCCUCUUCAAGUGCUGCGACCUCGAGCUCAAGCAGCCGCGGGGGCUCGAGGACCCCCAGGUCCUCGCGCGGGAGACCGUCUUUAGCGUGAGCGAGGUCGAGGCGCUCUACGAGCUCUUCAAGAAGAUAAGCAGCGCCGUGAUCGAUGACGGGCUGAUUAACAAGGAGGAGUUCCAAUUAGCGCUCUUCAAGACGAGCAAGAAGGAGAGCCUCUUCGCUGAUCGUGUAUUCGAUUUGUUCGACACAAAGCACAAUGGAAUUUUAGGGUUUGAAGAGUUUGCUCGUGCACUCUCAGUGUUUCACCCAAAUGCUUCAGUUGAAGAGAAAAUUGACUUUUCAUUCCAGCUAUAUGAUCUUAAGCAACAAGGCUUCAUUGAGAGACAGGAGGUUAAGCAGAUGGUUGUUGCCACACUUGCGGAGUCAGGAAUGAAUCUGUCUGAUGAAAUUAUAGAGAACAUAAUUGAUAAGACGUUUGAGGAGGCAGACACAAAGCAUGAUGGAAAAAUUGACAGGGAAGAGUGGCACAAUCUGGUUCUUCGACAUCCAUCUUUACUGAAGAACAUGACUCUCCAGUACCUCAAGGACAUCACCACAACAUUUCCAAGCUUCGUCUUCCAUUCUCAGGUUGACGAUACCUGAAAUUCUUGCAGUUAUUUCGAAUCGGAACAUCAGAAGAUAAGCUUGCGGUAAUUUUGUAAAGUUUUGGCAUCGGACUGUUUGGAACUUUGGAUCGGCAGAGAGCUAGAGGCCUCAGUGCUCUGGAGGAUGUUGAAUUUGAGAACGCAAAUUGUUGUCAAAUAACUUUGCUUCUUUCAUUUGAAGAAUUUAGUAUUGUUGGGAGCCUUUGGGUAAGCUGUUAUCUCUUAUCUGAAGUUCCCAGUUUCUCCUCUUCCCCUCUUUGGUUUUUGGCUGGUUAGCGAUCAGGUCCAAUCCUCUGGGAAUUCUGCUGUGUGUACAAAAAUGGAAACAGCCUUGACAUUGUUUGUUAUCUUUUGCUGGGAAGUUUGUCCAUUGCUUUGCAAUCUAUAGUAAAGUGGAGCAGAAAAUGGAUUGGAUUUUGUUUA